CAACCACCCAAAUUUCAAACAACAAGAAGCAACCAACCAACCAACGUCGUGUUUGUGUUGUGGUGUUUUGUGCUUGUUGUCAGCUCCCUUCUUCUUGUGUUGUCCUGCACAUUGGCACAUCAACACAGGCACUGGCACUGGCACUGUCAGCUGCGCACGCAGCCACUACCCACAGCGCACGAGGUGUAGUCAACGACAGGCACACGCGCGAACGCGCCGCGAUGGAGUGGCAGCAGAGCUUGCGGUCACCCACGCGGGUGGGCAGCUCCACGCGACGAAGCAGCAAGAAGCGCAGCACAGCAGCAGCAUCAGCGUCGUCAGGGCGCAGUAGCAAUCCUGCAACAACAACAACAACAGCAGCAGUAGCAGCAGCGAGCGGCAGAGUGGACCGCCAGCGGUCACGGUCCUCUGGAAGGAGCAUGAGCCCCGACCGGGCACGCAAGGUCAGCCAAGGCCGUCGCCGUCGCCGGCAGCCACGUGACACCAGCACCAGCACUGCCGGUCCUGCACACGACGCGCGAUCCCGACUCUCCCAAACACAUUCGGGUGCACCUGCGAGGAGCGGCAAGCACGGGCGCACCACCGCGUCAACUUCAAGCGUGGACAGUGCACACCAACAACAGAGCCGCUCAUCACACGAACAAUACAGGAGCGAAGACAUCUCGAUGAACUCGUUACGUGUUGAGGCCGAGAACAUGAUGGAGCAGCUCAAGCAAGUGCGGAGCCAACAUCAGUUGAGUGAUGGCGAAAGCGACGCGUCCCACGCCCAGCCGACAGCAGCUGCUGCGACAACAGCGACACCGAGACGUGCUGUUGCGGGUGACAUCUCGGACCAAUCACCCGAUUCACACGAUGAUCUUCGAUUGCAAAGCCAGCAGCUGCUGCAGUAUCUUGCUUCCAUGCGCGAAUCUGCAAAGCGCAAAGACGAAAUGGCACGCAGCUCAGCAUCGCUAUCACAGCAGCUGCUGCGCGGGGGGUAUGCGAGCGAUGAGAGCCAGGGCGCAUCAGCAGCAUCGCAUGCAGCCACGCUUGGACCUGGCAGGCCAACGUCCCCGCUCAGCACCCACUCAACAGACACGUAUGUUGCUUCGAGCCACGGCGAUCGCGCACAUGCAUCCGCCAUUUACAGCAGCAGCAAUCACCACGAUGCACGUGCCAGCACAGGGUGGAGCGAGCGUGCACACACGCACCCGGCACCGCGUGUGCGCGUCGGCGGCGGUGGACUGCGGAGACAACGUCUUCACGAUGACAGCGGAAGCAGUGGUCGUACUGGUGAGACGCUGGCGAUGAAUGGUGGCGCGGAUGAAGGUGGUCGUGGCGUCGGCGGUGAUGUGAAUGGGAUGAGCGAUGCCUCAAAUGUUCGCGAAAUGCGGCGCCUCUUUGCCGAAAACCAAAAGUUGCGCAAGACCGUCGCAGAGAAGGAGAGCGCGAUUGAGGGUCUGACUGCGCGCAUGUACGAUCUCCGCGACCAACUCAACACCGCUGCAGAGCGCGAGCGCGACUGGACCCUGAGCACUGGUGGUGGUGGUGGUGGUGUUGGCAAUGCACUGGAACAACUUGCAAACGCAAACCUGCGGCUGGAACAAUACAGGAAUGCGCUGCACGAGUCGCAGGCGAUGCUGGAGCAGCACAUGGUGCUGGAGCGAAAGAUUGGCGAAGAGAACACGCAGCUGCGGCUGAGGGAGGACGAGCUCAAGUCGAAGCUCGAGCAAGCAGAGGCGGCGGUGGCCGAGAUGAAGGCGAUGGGUGCGAGCGAGCGAGAGGAGAGGACGGCGCUGGAGCAGCAGGUGCGCUCGCUGCAGCAGGAGACGUCGAUGCUGCACGACAAACUCCAGGCCGUGCACAGGGACAACCAGAGCAUACGCGCAGAUGCACAGCACUCGCAGGCGGUGUGCGACGACCUGCGAUCACAGCUGGCAGCGGCAAAGGCGGACGCAGCUGCACUGGAGAUGGCACGGGCAGAGCACGCGCGCGUGUCGGCAACGCUGGAAGAGACGCGGCAGGAGAACAGCAGCCUGCGGUUGCGAUUGAGUGCACACGAGGAGCAGGUGAAGCAGCUCAGACGGCAGGUUGAUGACGCACGCGGUGAUGCGGCAGCCGCUCGACAGGCACUGCAGGCUGCAUCACGCGAGCACACGGCCACGGUCGACGCGCAGGUGCACGCGCAGGCGGUGGCUGAGCUUGAGACGGCUCGACGGGAGCAUGCGCAGCUGCAGGCAACCAUCACGGCGCUGCAGACGAAGCUGGAACAGGAGCAGGCACACAGCACACACGCGCUGCAGCAGUCGCAGCGGCAGCAGGAGGCGUAUGUUGAGAAGCACACGCGCGCGCUCACAGAGCAGGUGACGGCGCUGGAGACGCGAUAUGAGGAGCAUUUGACGCUGCUGGAAGAAAAGUCCGCAACGCUGGAGCGCGAGCGCAACCGCGCAAAGGAGGUGAACGCACAGCUGGGCGAUGAGCUGAAGAGAGCAAUGGAGCAGCAGCAGGAGGACAGGGCGGC